UCAUCAAAAUAUUACUACAAACAAUCAACCAUAUCACACUCUUUCUCAAGAACAAAUAAAAAACAAGUAGAAGAAAGAAGAAGAAGAUGGUGAGCAUUCAAGAGAUGAAAACAGCCACUGUAAGUCUCUCACCACCAUUACCAUCAACUCACCUGAUCAAAGGGGUAAGCAUACCAGAGACUAUUCUAAGUACCACCGGAGCCCGGCCUAUUCCACUCAUCGGCAUGGGCACCGCCGCCUACCCUUUCUCACCGGAGACUACAAAACCUGCCAUUCUUCAUGCUAUUGAGCUCGGCUACCGCCAUUUCGAUACCGCUUCCCUUUAUCGCUCCGAGGAGCCUCUCGGAGCUGCCAUCACAGAGUCAUUACAACUUGGCUUCAUUAAAUCUAGAUCAGAGCUUUUUAUUACAUCCAAAUUAUGGUGCAAUGACUGCCACCCUCAUCGUGUCCUCCCUGCUCUCAAAAAAAGUUUACGAACUCUUCAAUUGGAAUACUUGGAUCUUUAUCUCAUCCAUUUCCCGAUUAGUUUGAAACCGGAAGGAAGCCUUUUUCCACUCCAUGGUGAAGAGCUACUUCCAUUGGACUUGAAACCAGUUUGGGAGGCCAUGGAGGAAUGCCAAAAGCUUGGCUUGGUGAAAGCCAUUGGAGUUAGUAAUUUCUCAUGCAAACUCAUUGAAGAACUCUUCUCCAUUGCUAAUAUCCCUCCUGCUGUCAACCAGGUGGAGAUGCAUCCAGUUUGGCAACAAAAAGAGUUGAGAGAAUACUGUGGAAAGAAAGGAAUUCAUGUGACUGCUUAUUCUCCAAUUGGAGGACAAGGUGGUGAAGGAAGUAGAAAUAUGGUAAUGGAGUGUGAUGUGCUCAAACAGAUAGCCAAGGCUCAUGGCAAGACUGUGGCUCAGGUUUCCUUAAGGUGGGUGUAUGAGCAAGGAGUGAGCUUGGUAGUUAAGAGCUUUAACAAGGAGAGGAUCAAGGAGAACCUUCAAAUAUUUGAUUGGGAAUUAAGUGAUGAUGAACUCUAUCAAAUCGGUUUGAUUCCACAAUCCAAGAAGAUUACUCCCAAUUUAAUGCUGCUUGGUGAAGUACCCAAAUCACUUGAUUAUGAUUUUGCUUGAAAGGCCAAAAAAAAAAAAAAAAA